AUAUAUUUGUUAUUGUAAAUCUGCGUAAACAACUUAUUUUCAUUAACUCGAGACAUUCUAUUUAUCAUUUUUAAGUGACGAGAUGUCAAAUAAAACAGUAUUUGUUACUGUCGGUACUACUAAGUUUAAUGAACUAAUUGAUACUGUCACUGACCAUCGUACCCUCGAAGCUUUGAAACGUAAUGGUUACACAUCAAUGAUACUUCAAAUAGGAAACGGUACAUUUGUUCUUGAACCUUCCGAUGUCAUAGAAAUUUCAAGUUACACAUUUAAACCAGAUAUUGGACCUGAUAUGAUUAAAAGCGAUUUAAUAAUAAGUCAUGGAGGAGCUGGUUCCAUAAUGCAAGCAUUAGACCACGGUAAACCUUUGUUAGUGGUAAUUAAUGAAAAUUUAAUGGACAACCAUCAAUACGAGUUGGCAGAAAAAUUAUGUGAAGAGAAAUAUUUAUAUUACACUACUUGUAAAAACUUAUGUAAUAGUAUUAAAAAUUUAGAUUUUGGAUUAUUAAAUUUAGUAAAAAUUGAUAAUUCUAAAAAAAUAUGUAAACAAAUUGAAUGUUUUUUAAAAAUAUAA